GGCCCCCGAAACGUGUUUUGGGGCCGGGUCAAGCCGCCUCCGAAACGCCCGGCCCGGCCAAAGGGGCGAACACGGAUUCAACAAAAGUUGAGAACAGAUCCGCGCGGAGUCCAUGGGGCGCCGCGGAGUUGCGCUGCUGGUGACGCUGGGGGCGCUGCCAGCGUUCCUGCUGCCCAGGCAGGAGAAGUCUUUGAGAAGCGGAAGACGUCCACUCGCAAGAGGAGCCAUCUCCGACUCCCCGCGCGGCGAGAGACUGCUGCGACGCGGGCUGCCCGAGGCGGCGCUGCUGGGCGGCGUGGCGCUGCUGGGGGCGCUGCGCCCCAAGAGCGCGCCCGGAAUUUCGCAAGAGCUGCAGCAGGCCAACCGCGAGGCCAAGAAGGAGGUGCAGAAGGCGCGACAAGGACCACGAGGACGGUUGCAGGAGGCGCUGAAGAAGCUGUCCUUGUUGGAAGCGCAGAUUGAAGCGGCCAAAGGUGACGAGGAGGAGUAUCCAGUGCCCGAGUACUUGGAGGCUGCAAGCAAGAGCGGCAAGAUCAUGCUGGCCAUCACCGGCUCCUCGGGCGUGGGAAAGUCCUCCCUCGUCAACGCCCUGCGGAAGCUCAGGGACACGGACUCAGAGGCAGCCGAGACCGGCAUUCAGGAGACCACGCUGGAGCCCAUGAUGUACAACUUCAAAGCCGAGGAGGGGCUCUUUAACCAGCGCUUCUACCGCCGGCUCCAGGAGGGGGAGAAGCUGCGGCGCAAGGACCGCGUGGUCUUGACCCUGCCGGACGGCGUGUCCUCCUGCGGGGAAGUGUUGGAGGUGAAGCACGCCAAGGGCCCGUCUCACGCGAAGCACGAGGCCACGAAGGUACGCCUGGAGGAUGACUCCGUGCUGGAGGUGGACACGGAGCACGUGGCGGGCAUCGCCUUGGACGUGGCGAUCUGGGACCUGCCCGGGGCUGGCACGCCCAACUGUCCCCAGGCCACCUACGUGAGGCGUAUGGGCAUCCGCUACUACGACGUGGUGCUGCUGGUCACCUCCUCGCGCUUCACCGAGGCCGAGCUGAUGCUGGUGGAGGAGCUGAAACGCGUCAAGGUACCAUUCUUCAUGGUCAGGAACAAGGUGGACGUGGACAUCCAGUCUGAGAUCCUGAAAGAGGAGGAGUCCUAUGACGAUGACCGGGACCUCACAAAGGAAGAGAAGCACAAGGUAACAGCGGAAACUUUGGGAUGCAUCAAGGACUACUUCAAGCUGGAGUACGGCCUUGACAAAGUCUACUGCGUGUCUUCCCGCCGGAAGCUGCACUCGAAGUGGGAUUUCCCGAGCCUGGAGCGCGAUAUCUUGGAGGCAAUCCGUAUGCAGCGUGGGUAGAGGUCCUGACGUGCGA